AUGGUGGCGGUGAGAAAGACAAAGCCCGUGGGCGUCAUCCACGGCGUGUGCGACGCCGGCCACCGCUGGUCCAGGAGGAGCGCCCCCACCCUCUCCUCUCCUCCUUCCCUCAUCACAAGCCACGACAAGGAGGGCCACCGUGGCCGAGCAGAUUUGAAGGAGUUGCCACUUAUCCACAGCAAUGAUAGCAUCAAAGAGUUGAACCGCAGCAUCGAGAAACAUGAGCGACGUCACGACCUUGUAAUAUCAUCUUACACACUUGGGGAGAUUCCUUCAUUGAAUAACCGUAUAACAAUUGUGAGGCAACUUUGGGACCUAACAAAAGAUGUUUUGGUUUUGUUAGAGCCUGGAACUCCUCAAGGGUCAAAGACUAUAAGACAAAUGCGCUCAUGUAUCCUUUGGAUGGAAAAGAGAAAGUGUCGCAAGAGUAAAAAAUCUGCAUGUGCUGCUCCAAGUAAAAUGAAGAGCAUGGUUGUUCAAGAAGAUUUGCUGAAAAAUGGUGCCUUCGUGGUUGCCCCGUGUGAGAGCGAGUUUUGGCACUUCUCAUUUCAGAAAUCAGCUAUCCUGAUAGAUGCUGACAUGCUUGCUGCAUCUGAUGAGAUUGUGGAUCAAGAAGUUAAUGGACAUGCUUGUGAAUCAUGGACAAUCUCGGCCUGGUAUUGUGGCUCGAGUCUGAGCUCUUGCUUGGCUUUAGGUGCAAACAUGGACCUUCAGUUCACCUAG